GAGUGUGUGUGUGUGUGUAAUAGCCCUCUUUAAUCUUCUUUAAACUCAGACUCAGCUUUAUUAAAAACAAACGGUCAAACCGGAGCAGUGUGAACUGGCUCUAACACCGGAAGUUCUGUUAAAACUCUUUCUUUCUUGAACGCACCACAGACGCCUGUUCCCCGCAAAUACAGUCGAUGAGAAACAAGCCGCGCUCAGAGUUCCGCCGUGACUUUACGCAGGGGAUUCUGCGGCUGUGAAGUUUUCUUGGUUUAAUUUUAGUGCGAACAACGCUGCACACACAUGCACGCACACGCACGCAUGCACACGCGCGCGCGCGCGCGCACACACACACACACACACACACACGCGCACACACACACACAGAGGCCAGCGGAGGCGGGGCCGCGGGGCGGUGCCCGGGUCCUCAGCUGUUGUUGUCAGAUAAACGUGUCACAGGAACGAGCGAAGACGGGAGGAAGAUAUUCUACUUGUGAACAACCGAACAGUGCAACAGGCUGCCAUGGCCUCAGGUGGGGCCCCACGGCCGGGAGCCACCCAUUUGGCCACGAAGGUGGAGCUGACCAUCUCCUGUGAGAACCUCAUGGACAUGGACGUCUUCUCGAAGUCGGACCCUCUGUGCGCCCUGUACAUCAACACUUCAGGCUCCCAGUGGUAUGAGUUUGGGCGCACCGAGAUGAUCCUGAACUGCCUGAAUCCAAAGUUUGCCAAGAAGUUUGUCAUCGACUACUAUUUCGAGAUGGUGCAGAGGCUGAAGUUCUGCGUGUUUGACAUUGACAAUGACACCUAUGACCUGAGCGACGACGACUUUCUCGGGGAGCUUGAAUGCACCCUGGGCCAGAUUGUUUCCAACAGGCAGAUGACUCGACCCUUGUUGCUGAAAAACAAGAGGCCUGCAGGCCACGGGACCAUCACAAUCUGUGCGGAGGAAAUAACAGACACCAGAGUGGCAGAGUUUGAGGUGUCCGCCCGCAGGCUGGACAAAAAGUAUUUGUGGUGGUCCGACCCCUUCCUGGAAUUCUACAAGCAGACGGAGAACAGAUGGCAGCUGGCUCACAGGACGGAGGUGAUAAACAACAACCUCAACCCGACAUGGAGACCCUUCCGCAUCUCACUGCGAGCUCUCUGUGGAGGAGACGUGGAGAAGCCCAUAAAGGUGGACUGUUACGACCAUCACGUCAGCGGCUCCCAUGACCUUAUCGGGAGCUUUAAAGCCACGCUCGCAGAGAUGCAGAUGGGAACUCACGUUUUGCCGGCCGAAUUUCAGUUUAUUAAUCCAAAGAAGUUAAAGAAGAAAAACUAUAAAAACUCUGGAGUCGUCUGCAUCAAGCGGUGCCAGGUGCAGAGGGAGUACACCUUCCUGGAUUAUAUCAUGGGGGGCUGUCAGAUCAACUUCACUAUCGCCAUAGACUUCACAGGCUCUAACGGGGAUCCUCGCUCUCCACAGUCCCUCCACUACAUCAACCCUGAGGGCUAUAAUGAAUACCUGUCAGCCAUCUGGGCGGUGGGUAAUGUCAUCCAGGACUAUGACAGUAACAAGAUGUUUCCUGUUUUUGGUUUUGGAGCCCAGGUCCCUCCCACCUGGCAGGUUUCCCAUGAGUUUCCCAUCAAUUUCAAUCCAUCAAAUCCAUUCUGUGCAGGCAUAGAAGGUGUGGUGCAUGCGUACCAGCAGUGUCUUCCCCAGGUGAAGCUCUGGGGUCCCACCAACUUUUCUCCGAUCAUCAACCACGUCGCCUGCUUCGCCAGACAAGCUCUCCAGCAGAACAUGGCCUCACAAUACUUUGUGCUGCUCAUCAUCACAGAUGGCGUGAUCACAGACAUGGACCUGACACGCGCCGCCAUCGUGGAGGCCUCUCGUCUGCCCAUGUCUAUCAUCAUAGUGGGUGUGGGCGGGGCAGACUUCAGCGCCAUGGAGUUCCUCGACAGCGAUGACAGAUUGCUGCGUUCGCCCUCCGGUGAUGUCGCCUCCAGAGACAUCGUCCAGUUUGUGCCUUUCAGAUAUUUCCAGGGGAACAACGUGGCCCUCGCCCAGAGCGUCCUGGCCGAGCUGCCUGAUCAAGUGUCCACCUUCUUCAACUCUUACAAGCUGAAACCCCCUAAUUUAUUCAAUGUCUCUGAGCCGUCCUAGAAAGGUGUGACAUUUAACCUGAAUACCUCAUAUUUACCACUUGCCUGCAUCUCUUGUCUCUGUCUUUCUGUGUUUACUGUAGCUAUCGGUACAAACCAGUGCCAAACACUGCUCUUUACAACAUGUGCUGAAUGUGGGGUAAAAAAAAAAAACAAAAAACAAUAAAAAUAGAAAUCACAACAAACCCCAAACCCAUGACUGGAUUUGUCCAAAAUUAGAUCUGACAUGAUGUAAAGUUCAUAAGAGAAGACAGAUGCAUGAAAUCCCCAUCAAUCCCAAUCAAAGUAAUCACAUUGUACCCUGUGCACUAAGAAUGCAUUGCCUGACAUGUUGGUAUGGCUCUGUGGAUUAAAUGUUGUUUUGUGUAUA